AUGAUCAACCGUCGUGCUUGGAAGCCAUCUUCUUCUUCAUCCUUAGAUUCCUUACUAGCGCCAUCGUCCAGUUGUGGUUCUUCUUCAGUCUCAAGUUUGUCAUUGGCAGGUCGAUUCAAGUCAUCGCAACAUUUGUUUCAGAUUAUUGUCAGUUUGGCGAUUGGUGGCAGUCUGCUGUUCAUCAUCCUCUGUCAACAGCCCAAAGGUUAUGUUGUCAGUACGACGGACCCAAAAGGCCACACCAAUAACAGUAAUAAAAAGGCGGCCAUAUGUGCUAUUCAAAAGGGUGGGCUGAGGUAUCUUGACGAGUGGGUCCAAUACCAUCUGUUGGCAUUGGGGUUUGAAGAUAUUUUUCUGUACGACAACUCGGAAGACUUUGAAUUACAAGCCUGGCAUCAAUCUUUGGCUAAUUUUAGCCCAAGCAAAUUGCAACAGAGAACUCACAUUCGUCAUUUUCCGGGGCCGAAACGACAAAACGAAGCCUAUACAAGCUGUGUCAAACAAAUUCAAAAGACUCGUUCUCAUGCAUGGGUUGCUUUCAUCGAUAUUGAUGAAUUUGUAGUAUUGCGAGACACCCAACGGUAUCCUUAUAUUUCAGACUUUCUGGAGAGCCUUCCUCCUGAAUAUGGUGGCUUGGCAAUGAAUUGGGUGGCUUUCUUUUUGAACCAUCAAAUGCAUUACCAAGACUUGCCCGUCACAAUGCGAUUUCAGAAUCGAUCGGAACAUGCGACCAGCCAGCACAUCAAGACCAUUGCUCGAACCCAUCUUGUGCGCAAAGUUAAAAACCCACACUUUGUGGACUAUCUACUUUUUCGUUGGUGGAUGCAUACGUACGAUACCGACGGCAAUAUUGUGGCUGGACCUUUCAAUCCUGAAUUGGUCGUUGAUCAGAUUGCAGUUUAUCAUUAUCAGAGCAAAUCCUUGGAAGAAUAUAAGGAGCGGUGUUCACGAGGACGAGCCGAUGUAUCCAAGGAAGAAUGGAGCAGUCAACUGGCUUGCAAAUCGGAUGAGCGCCUUUUGAAAGAUUUGGGGAAAUUUCCUGAAUUGAUCAAGGAUGACGUCCCUUGGCAGUUGCUGAAGGAGAGAGUUCCAGGCUAUGCCAGCAAGUACACGAAUAGUACUAUAUAG